AUGCAGCGUCAAUUCGUGCAGUCGAAAAGAAAACUCGCGCAUUUUCUUAGCACUCGACCACGCCCAUGUCCCCAUCGAAGCUAUCAUAGUGAAGAGGGCGUCUGGGGCUUUCGACCGGCAGCUAAGCGCGUCUAUACAGUUACUGACGAGGUCCUUGAGUCGCGCAAUUCACAGGCCAACGUCUAUCGGUGGGUGCAAGCAUUUCGCCAACAUGGACACAAAUUGGCAGCCGUAAAUCCCAUCAGCAUCAAAGCGGCACCCAGUCAAAGCGAGCUGCAGGAAUUAAAUCCCGCAUUUUAUGGACUCCAGACGCAUGAGCCUGUGCGCAUCACUGGCCUGUUAAAUGUGCCCGCCUCAUCUCCCACACACCCCAUCCCCCAGAAUGUGGAGCAGCUGGAGGCACUGCUCCAUGGCAUUUACUGUGGCAAAGCUGUCAGUGCCGAGUUCUCAUACAUUGAGAAUCUGGAGGAGCGCGAAUGGCUGGCACUGCAUUUCGAAGCCCUCGGCGAGCAUCAGCUUAGCGCCGAGGCACGCUGUGAAAUUGCUGAGCUGCUAAUUAAGUCGCAGGCAUGGGAUAAUUUCAUGGCUCUCAAAUUUCCGACUGUCAAACGGUAUGGUGGCGAAGGAGCCGAAGCCAUGAUGGCCUUCUUUUGGCAGCUGCUCCGCGACAGUGUGCAAGCCGACCUAUCGCACAUCGUACUCGCAAUGCCGCAUCGGGGACGCACGGCCCUCCAGGCCGCAAUGCUGAGCAUGCGGCCGGCGAAAGUUUUCCGAAAACUGAGCGGCGCAUCGGAAUUCGCGGACGACAUCGAGGCCAUGUCGGACGUCAUAAGCCACUUCCAUACUUCGGAGCAGCUGCACGUCCUUGGGAAAAGCAUACAGUUCAGCAUGGUGCGGAAUUCUUCGCAUCUGGAGGCAGCCAAUCCUGUGGCCAUGGGCAAGACGCGCUCCAAGCAGCAACAUUUGAAAGAUGGCGCCUUUGGCAACCAGCUGUUUGGCCAGCACGUGCUUAAUGUGAUACUCCAUGGUGAUGCAGCGUUUGCCGGUCAGGGCAUAAAUCAGGAGUGCCUUAAUAUGGCCUAUGUCCCGCACUUUGAGGUGGGUGGCACCUUGCAUCUCAUUGUCAACAAUCAGGUUGGGUUUACGACGCCUGGCGAACGGGGUCGAUCCACAGCCUAUGCGUCGGACUUGGCCAAAGCCAUACAGGCGCCCGUCAUCCAUGUCAAUGGCGAUGAUCCGGAGGCACUGGCAGGUGCCACAAAUUUGGCCUUCCGCUAUCAACGCGAAUUCCGAAAGGACGUUUUCAUCGAUCUAAACUGCUUUCGACGUUGGGGUCACAACGAGCUGGACGAUCCAACAUUUACCAAUCCACUGCUCUAUAAAAUUGUAAAUCAACGUACAUCUGUGCCGGAUUUAUACGCGGCCUCGCUAGCCGAAGAAGGCGUGCUGAGUAAGGAGCGUGCAAAGGAGCUGCACGAUGGAUACAUGGCCUAUCUAGGCGAAGAGUUGUCCCUGGCUCCUACCUACCAGCCGCCACCAUCAUUCUUCGAACAGCAGUGGGCAGGACUCCAGCUGGCACCCGACAAUGAACUGACGUAUUGGGAUACAGGUCUGGACUACAGUCUGCUGCACUAUAUUGGCCAGCAAAGCGUCGCCUUCGCGCCAAGCUUUAACAUUCAUCCGCACUUGUUGAAAACACACGUGACUGCACGCUUAAAAAAACUGGAGGCUGGCUCCAAAAUCGAUUGGUCCACUGCCGAGACACUGGCCAUUGGAAGUCUCCUGUAUCAGGGCCACAAUGUGCGCAUCAGUGGCGAGGAUGUUGGUCGUGGCACUUUCUCCCAUCGCCAUGUCAUGCUGGUGGAUCAGAAGACAAACGAAAUGUUCAUACCUUUGAAUAGUUUGGAGGGAGGUCUUGGCGGUCGCUUAGAAGUGGCGCACAGUAUUCUGUCUGAGGAGGCAGUGUUAGGAUUUGAAUAUGGCAUGGCUGCUGAUAAUCCACACAACCUCAUCAUUUGGGAGGCACAAUUCGGGGACUUUGCCAACGGCGCUCAAAUUAUAAUUGAUGCGUUUGUGGUCUCCGGCGAGACUAAAUGGAUGGAGUCGAACGGUUUAGUCAUUCUGCUACCGCAUGGCUACGAUGGAGCCGCCUCUGAGCACAGCUCCUGCCGCAUCGAACGCUUCCUGCAGCUAUGCGACUCAAAGGAAACUGCACGCGAUGGCGACAAUGUCAACGUGCACAUUGUUAAUCCCACAACACCAGCUCAAUAUUAUCAUGUGCUGCGACGACAACUGGCGCGCAACUUCCGCAAGCCCCUGGUUGUGGUCGCACCCAAGACGCUGCUGCGUCUACCAGUUGCCACCUCCACCCACGAAGACUUUCAACCGGGCACAUUCUUCCACAAUGUUCUAGGUGACACUACUGUACAGCCAGAGCAGGUGCGCAAGGUCAUCAUCUGCAGCGGCAAACACUAUUAUAAUCUGGCCGAGGAGCGGGCGAAGCGUGAGGUCCUAGACACUGCUAUUAUCCGUCUGGAAUCCCUGUGUCCCUUCCCACAGCAGGAGCUCCAAGCACAGCUGGCGCAAUACGCCAACGUACAGACCUUCAUCUGGAGCCAGGAGGAGCAUCGCAACAUGGGCGCCUGGUCUUUUGUGCGGCCACGUUUCGAAAAUUUAAUUGGAAAGCAGAUUCAGUACUGCGGUCGCGCCGAGGCCCCCACCCCCGCCACUGGUAUUGGAAAAGUGCAUAAACGAGAGGCUGAUGAGGUUGUUGCUGCCCCAUUUGAGCUUUAGUCCGCUCGAUCGCUACACAACCGUCCGAUCAACUACCUGCCCCGCUCGAUGCAUCGCUGGUCCCAAAAAAGGACCUACAAAAAUCAACAGCUAAUUACGGCGCAUAGAAGCCACCUUAUAGUUCUGUAUAUAGUGAUUCGGGCUUCCAAAAGUUCCAUACAAUAUACAUACAUAUAGUGUGUAUAUAUAUGUACAUAUAUGUGUAUACAUACGCGGAUUCAUAUAUGCAAAAGCUCAAAGUAUAACCUAUAGUUAAUAUUUA